GGCGGAUUCAAACGGAAGAUGAAAGAUGGCCGCGGAGAAAGACACCGAUGUAAAUAAAGGAGACCGAAGGGGCACGGUGUGCAAUGUUGUGAUCAGUCAGGAGUCAGAAACGGGCGGCAGUGGUGACGGCCGGCCGCCCAUCAUCUUCAACCCUGACUUCUUCGUGGAGAAGCUGCGUCACGAGCGGCCCGAGGCCUUCACUGAGCUGGUGCUGAGCAACAUCACGCGGCUCAUCCACCUCCCGGGAGCCGAAUUCUCACAGCUACUGGACGAGGAGCCCAAGAUGCCCAACGCCACUGCAGCCGGAGGCUUCUUCCGCUCUUUCAACUUCCUCAAACGCAAAGACAAAGGUGUUGUGUUCGGCAUGCCUCUCACAGAGGAAGGAAUAGCUCAGAUUUAUCAACUCAUCGUGUUCCUCAGCAAAAAUCUGCAUGUGGAGGGUCUGUUUCGGGUUCCUGGCAACAGCCUGAGACAGCAGACGCUGAGAGAGCAGCUCAACAGCGGCGCCGACAUCGACUUCUCCUCCGGUGACUUCCAUCCCAACGAUGUGGCCACGCUCCUCAAGAGCUUCCUGGGAGAGCUGCCCGAGCCCCUGCUGACCCAGCGGCACCUGCACGCUCACCUGAAGAUCACAGAGCUCAGCCUGUUCGACGAUCUCGGCAAUAAGACGAGUCUGCCGGAUAAAGAGCGUCAGAUCGAGGCGCUACAGCUGCUGCUGAUGCUGCUGCCCACCGCUAACCGAAGCCUGCUCAAGCUGCUGCUGGACCUGCUCUACCACACCGCCAAACAACAGCACAAGAACAGGAUGUCUGCGCACAACCUCGCGCUCAUGUUCGCCCCCCACGUCAUCUGGCCCAACAACAUGAAUGCCACUGACCUUCAGGAGAACCUGAAGAAACUGAACAGCGGCAUGGCGUUUCUCAUCAAACACUCACAGAAGAUCUUUCGGGCACCGGUGUAUCUGAGGGAACAUGCGAGACUUCAGUUCGCAGACACCAGCAUGAUUCACUCCAAGGAUGAUCUGGAGCUGCUGUCAGUCGGCGGUUCUCCGUUCAUGUCGGCGUGGAAGAGGAGCGCAGCACGAGUGCGGUCAGACUCGGACAGUCACGCUGAAGAGGCGCUCCGAGAGCUCUAUCGACACGUCACCCAUCACAUGCCAAACUCCGCCAAGAAGAAAAAACUCAUCCGACAGCUUGGCAAGCAGUCGACUCCUGGCACUCCUGUGAGUGAGAACACGACUCCUACCAGUAAAAAACACGCGCGCUCGCGCUCCUUCGGUGGGCUUAUCAAGAAGAAGGUUUUGGGGAGCCAGCCUGCCGCAGACCGGAGGGGGAAGGAGAACAUCAGCUGUGAUCCAGUGAGCUGAAUGCCCUCAGCACCGGGUUCAGUGCCUUAUAUGUCUAUAUUGUGAAUUCUGCCCGAAUAGAAGACUUCACUCUAGACGACCAGAGGAGAUAGUUUUUAUUUUAAUUAUUUAUUUAUUUUAUAUUCUGUAUUGUUUUAACAUACUAAAAGUUGAGACCAAUUUUCAUUUAAUGUGUGAAUUCUUACUUGUUUUUUUAAUUCGCUGUAUGGUUUUAAACUGUUACGUCAGGUGUUGAUGGGUAAACCACUAGUCAGUUCCACUGGGCUGUUUAAACUGACCCAUGAUAAGAUUAACUCGCUCAACUCAUUCAUAUUGCCGGUGUAUAUAUGUGUAAAUAUAUUUGCGUGUGUGGAAACGUGUGCUGAUGUCUGGACCAUUUGUAACUCGCAUUAUUCACAGUUUAUGCUGUAAUCAGAUUUUAAGGGAACGGUAGACAACAUUUACUCACAAAAGUGUAUUACUGUCAUUUAGAGAUCUGUGAGAAUAUAAACUGGUAUUUGUUUACAUAUAUAGAUAUUGUCUUAAUAACACUGUGAACAUUUGAAAUAUGGUAUUUUGUGACUAGAACAGGACAAAUGUGCCUUUUUUUUUUACCUGAUGUUGCUUUUCUGGUGCAAAUCAUCAGCUUACAAAAGUUUCCAUGUAGUUUAACCACUAAGUCAAGAAGGUUCAUGUAUUUUUGUAUAAAAAUUAAUUUCAGUGUACGAUAAUUUUGUGUUUUCAUAUUGAGAAGUGCACAAAGCAGCCAUGUUUCUUUACUGAAUGUUGUUCUAGGUUUAAUUUCAAGGGUUUUGGGUGCGUGUCAAGAGUCUGCGAGGUGUUUCGAAGGUUUCUGUAUGUUACUAGUGAGGUGGAGAGGAUCAUGGGAAGGAUGCAGUGGUUGGUUUGUAAGUGUUCACAAGAUCAGCGGGUAUGUGAUGUGUGUGUGAACUUCAGUGGGCAUUAAAGAUGUGCUGUAAGGAAUUACUGUUAAUCCUGAACGUCUCCUCAAAGCAGAGUGCUGGUUUUAUGCUCCUGGAGAGCGCUGUGACGUCACUUCCUUUCAUCGUCCAUCAUUUAUAUUGCUCUUCCAGAUGUGUUUGGUUACAGGCGCGGUCCAAAUGCACAUUCCCUCGACUACAAUGGGAUUUAUAUUUGACUGAUGGUUUGCUUUUUCAUGUUUUUUUUCUCCCAUUUUAAUGCUCAAAUUCAAAUGUUGCUUAUCUAAAUCUAUAUUUUAAGCCUAAAAUGUUGCAAAAGGCACGGUUAAAUUGUUGAAAUGACUGGAAAUAUUUUAAAACAUAUUUUAGGCCGGUAAAUAAAGCAUGCAAGCUUUCAAGUUUAAUAUUGCAUGCUGAUGGUGGACUUUACAAUUCACAAACUGGAAUACACUUUCACAAUAAUCUGCGAUUCCUGAAGUGUUGAAGAAAAGAGGAGCUCAAUUUUCUUAACCUUUUCAAGUUUAGAUAUGGGUGCUAACUGCAAACUUAUAAUUUGCAUUGUGUAAUUGUUAAUUGUGUGUGUGUGUGUGUGUGUGUGCGCUGAUGGGACAUGUGGAAGUUGUGCAGGUUGGUAUCUGUUGGAAAUGAUGUGAUGUAACAUUGGGGAAAUCAUUGAUUUGACAUAAACCACCUUUUCUUUUCUUUUUUGUUACAGUAGUUAAAACUGGAGGCUUUUUAAAAAACAUUUUGUAUUGUGAUCUGUGAAGCAUUUGUACUUGACCUGCUCUAGUACAAUGAGCACUUCUGUGUAUUUUGUUUGUUUGUUUUUGUUUUAAUUAAAAAACUUAG